AUGGCCAUGGUUUUAUGGGGGUCGAGCCUCAACUCCGUACCACCACCCUGCAAGCCAACGGAGGUUGGUGGAGAUCAGGAUCUACCACCGGCUGUCCCGAUUGACGAACGUCCGCAUGUUGAGCCCCGCCUGAGCGAUGGAGGAGAGCCCCUACUGCUCGAUGGAGGUGAGAUGUGCCGACGAGCUCGCAUGAACACUGGUGACUUUGGGGUGCCCUCGUUGGAGACUCGGCAGUCCUACUUCUCCAACACCAUGCCCAAAAGGCCCGAGGUGCCUGCAGCUCCCAACCGGGUCUUGCACAACCACCAUAAAGUUCGUAUCGAGAAGAUGAUGAAGGAGCUCGGCACCCUCUCAGGUAGGCGAAAGCUCGAGAAGGAGGUCGCUUCCCGCAGGCAGCCCGGUCUGCAUGAAGACGCGAAGAAGGCAUUGCCCAAGCAACGCAGAUGGAACUUCACACGGCCGUGGUUCAGUCGAGCAACUUCCUAG